CUCGAUAAUCGCGUCUCAGGCCGCGCAAAUCCAUGCACGCCCAUCCAGCACAUCUCCAGCAUCCCAUCCACCAUCCAUGUGAGGAAGAACAAGCCCCACGGAAAUGAAAGCCGCACGCAAGGUGAAGCCACGGAGGGUCCUGUGUCCCUUGUGCCCCAAGUCGUUCACGCGUACGGAGCACCUACAGAGACAUCUUGGAUCUCGUACGUGGAUGGCGUAGGAAAAGCAGUCCGAUGUCCUGAGUGUGGAAAGGAGUUUAUGCGCAAGUACGUGGUUACGGAACCAACACAUGGCCGAUUUUGA